CCUUUGGCUAUCAGCUGGUUCCUGUUUUGAUGCUCCUUGUUUGUCAACCGUGUAGACCGAAACGCAAAAACCCGUUUUUUUUGUUCCUAAGGUGAAUUAUGGCUGAAUCGGAGAAUUUAGAAAUUCAAUCGAAACAAGAUCCAAGAACAACACAACUUCCUCAUAAGUAUAAUGAUUAUGAUAUAGAUCCAAGACAAGACAUUUUAUGGAAAGAUCCUAAAUUGUGGAGAUGCAGGAUUUGCAAACAUUGGUUGUCUUCUAAAGAGAGCCUACGGCGUCACAUACUGACCCAGCACAUAAAACAAGCAGUACACCAAUGUGAGCUGUGUUACAAGACUUUCAUCCUCUCAACACAAUUAUUGGAGCACAUGAAGGAGCACCACAAGGCCAGGAGUGAUGCGUGUGAACAGCUGUGUUUAUGUGGCCGGCUGUUCAGUAAACGCAACAGCCUUCUUAGCCACAUCCGCCGCUUCCACCAUGCAGCUCCUACCGUCCGCCCAACCUGCAGCAUUUGCCAUAAAGUUUUCAAUGACUCGGCUACUAAGCGUGUUCACGAAGCUCGCGUGCAUGGUGAGAAGGUUGUGCGCUGCGAACACCCAGGCUGCGGUAAAAUGUUCUCCACUCAGGGGCUCAAAAACGCUCACCUCAGGUAUCACGAGAACCGCGAAUUCGAGUGCAGCGUCUGCAACAAGACUUUCAGCACGUCUUCAUACCGCGACAAGCACGAACUUCUCCAUCAAGGAAUACGACAGUACGCGUGUGACGACUGUGGUCGGGAGUUCAUCACAGCUUCACAACUGAACAAACACCGCAAGCGGGAACAUCUUCACGGCCCUUGAAGUUCUUCAUGCUAUUGACAGUUUAUAGAUUCUUCAGUUUAACUGAUACUAGGAAUAGUCACGAUACCUUAAUUUAUUACAGUUUUACAGACAAUCUUGUCUCGUUGAAUUUACUGUUCUUCAUUAGUUACUUAGUGCUCAAUAUAAACGAUGUCGGAAAUUUUACUUCAAUUCUUUAUAGCUCAUUAUAAUGCUACGAACUUCAUUUGCACGAAUGUGGUCAACAUUUGAUCAUUAAUGUAUUGCUGUUUUUUUUUUAAUUUUA